GAGAAUUAUUAUUCCUUGUGAAUGGUAAUUUUUUUAGAAACGUUAGGAAAUGCAUUAUUCCUCGUCGCUCCUUGAUCACUAUUCAUACCCUAAAUUUGUGCAAAUUAUAAAAAUCAAAAAUAUAAAAUAACCGGGUUUUGCAUAUGGUUAAUAGUUCGGUUUAAUCUGUUUUACUAAAAAAAAAUUAUAUGAGUUCCAAUCGGUGAAAAGUUACCUAACCAAACACAUAAUUCAAAGUCAAAGUUUAUGUGAACAAAAUAAUAAUUUAAAUCAAAAUAAUUAAAACAUAUUACAUUUCUUGUCACUUAAUGUUUUACUCCGUAUAACUAUUUAAUAAAUAAAAAAAAUUCUUUUUAUUUCCUUUAUUUUAGCAAAAUAUAUAGAAAGAGUUUUUUAAAAAAAUUAUUUACAGAAUCAGUUAGGUAAGGACAUUCAAGUAUUCAUUCAGGUACAAGUUGUUUCUUUCGGGAUCAAUUUUUUUGGGUUUUGAAAUUAGUCCCCGCUUGUAUAUUAUAAAUUUUUGUGUGGGGUUUGAGUUAGGUCAUCCCGGGUCUGAAUGAUUUUUAUUCAGAUGUGUAGGAACAUAAAAAUAUCUAAAUAACCAAUGUAUCUGAAACAGGUUCAGAUAUUUGUACCAAAAAUAAUCUUAUUACCCGAUACAGUCUAGGUCUUUUGAAUACAAUUAGUUACGGCGACACAUCUAAAAUAUAUAAUACUAAUCAUGAAAAACGAAUAUAAAUGUAUAAAAACGUAAAAAUAAAUACUAUGCGUGCACCAUUUCAAAUAUGUCACCAUUUCAAAUGUUUAAGUGCCAUGUGUGCCGAUAAUGUUAAUUAUUAACUUUAAAGAACUAAAUUUUAUAUAAUAAAAUAUGUUACUAACUUUAAGAUAGAAAAAAAAAUGAGAGAAAGAGACGAAUCUUGUUAGAUCUGUUUUUACUGUAAACAACCGAUUUUAGGACAAAACUUGUUGAUGAGAGGAAAACACUGGCUCUUGACAUCUUCUAAUCUAUAUUUUUAUCCCUGAAAUUUUGUUUAACCAUAACGGGUAAUCAGUUAACUAAGUAUUUUCUUAACAGUCGGUAUUAGUUAGUUUUUGUUGUGAGCAUUACACAUUUAUUUAAACCCAUUCCAUCAUCCCAAUAAUUCCAUCAUCCACAGGAACCAAAGUUCAUCUUCCAGUUUCAUACUCUCUUCUAUUAAUUAAUUUCAUUGUCUUGCAAUCAUAGUGAAGACGAUGAGUUCCUCUGGAAUAGAGAAAGGUGUUGUCACUGCAGAAGCCGAGGCGCCGAGGGGGAAUAGAAGCCGGUUUGCUUUUGCAUGUGCAAUCUUAGCCUCCAUGACUUCAAUCAUCCUUGGUUACGACAUUGGAGUGAUGAGUGGAGCUGCAAUUUUUAUAAAAGAAGAUUUGAAACUGUCAGACGUACAGCUUGAGAUCCUCAUGGGAAUUUUAAACAUCUACUCCCUGGUAGGUUCAGGCGCCGCGGGGAGAACUUCUGAUUGGAUCGGGAGACGAUACACCAUAGUGUUGGCAGGAGCCUUCUUCUUUUGUGGUGCCCUUCUCAUGGGGUUUGCCACAAAUUAUCCUUUCAUUAUGGUUGGCCGAUUUGUAGCUGGUAUUGGCGUCGGUUAUGCUAUGAUGAUCGCACCGGUUUACACGGCUGACGUUGCUCCUGCUACUUCUCGUGGUUUUCUCAGCUCUUUCCCUGAGAUAUUUAUCAACAUUGGUAUACUUCUUGGGUACGUAUCGAACUACUUUUUCGCCAAGCUUCCCGUGCAUCUUGGGUGGAGAUUCAUGUUAGGUGUCGGAGCGAUUCCCUCAGUGUGCCUAGCCAUCGGAGUGUUGGCAAUGCCCGAGUCUCCGAGAUGGCUAGUCCUCCAGGGUCGCCUUGGGGAUGCUUUUAAAGUCCUCGACAAAACCUCAAACACCAAAGAAGAAGCCAUCUCUAGACUCAAUGACAUCAAACGGGCUGCCGGAAUCCCCGAGGACAUGACAGACGAUGUUAUAGUUGUUCCCAACAGGAAGAGUGCCGGAAAAGGCGUGUGGAAGGAUCUUCUUGUCCGGCCAACCCCUGCUGUCCGACAUAUCCUAAUAGCAUGUCUCGGUAUCCAUUUCGCUCAGCAAGCCUCCGGAAUUGAUGCGGUCGUCCUUUACUCUCCGACCAUCUUCCAAAAGGCUGGACUGAAAUCCAAGAAUGACCAGCUCUUGGCAACUGUCGCUGUUGGAGUUGUCAAAACACUCUUUAUCGUUGUAGGGACUUGCGUGGUCGACCGGUUUGGACGCCGUGCCUUGUUGCUCACGAGUAUGGGCGGAAAGUUUCUUUCAUUGACCGCGCUUGGGACUAGUCUUACAGUCAUCGACAGAAACCCAGGACACACGCUCAAGUGGGCUAUUGGGCUUAGCGUUACGACGGUAAUGACGUUUGUAGCAGCAUUCUCAAUAGGUGCAGGACCAGUGACGUGGGUCUACUGCUCAGAGAUAUUCCCUGUGAGGCUAAGAGCUCAAGGGGCAAGUUUGGGAGUGAUGUUGAAUAGAUUGAUGAGUGGUAUUAUCGGAAUGACAUUCCUAUCGCUUUCUAAAGGUCUAACCAUCGGUGGUGCAUUCCUUCUCUUUGCCGGAGUUGCUGCUGCUGCAUGGGUCUUCUUCUUUACUUUCCUUCCAGAGACACGAGGUAUACCUUUGGAAGAGAUGGAGAGUCUUUUCGGGAGCUACACUGCAAACAAGAAGAAGAAUGUUACAGAGGAAGGUCAAGAAGUGGUUGAGAAACACUGAUAAGAAAUAAUGAAAUAUGUUGUCGUGAAUUGGGGAAAUUUCAUUACAAAGAAAAGAAAAUUGCUUUAAUAAUGUAAGUUUCCAUCUAGCUCAACUUGUUAACUAAGCUCAACUUUAUUUUGAUGAGAAUGUCAAUU